AAACAUGAAGUAUUGCUUACUCCUUGUCUUGUUCGUUACCACUUCAUAUGGGGCGCCAUUGGGCGAAGUUCAGCAGCUCCCGGAGCUUCAACCCAAACAACCCGUACAGCUUCCAAGCUUUCCAGAAGUCGUUAAACCAGAGGAUAAACAAUUACAGGAAAGAGAGGUAAAACCAGAGACAAAACCACUGCCAGCAGAAGACCUAACUCCUGAAACAAAACCCUCACCGAAAAACUCGGGUCUGGAGGCUGAACUCGCUGAUGAAGAACCAAAACCAGAAACUAAACCAGCUCAACGAAGCCAAGAAACCGAAGAGGAAGAGGAACAAGUACCCCAAACCAAACCAGCUGAACGAGGCUUAGAAACUGAAGAUGAAGUGGAACAAGUCCCCGAAACCAAACCAGCUCCAGCAGAAAGAGAGUUAGAAGAGGAGGAGGAGGAAUAACGAACAGUUAGAGAGAGAGAGAGAGAGAGAUGAAGAACUAACUAUACAACUGUUAAAUGUACACUGUUGAAUUGUGACAUUUCAAUAAAUUCCAAUAUUCACACAA